CGAACGACGCCACAGUAUCUAUCGAGGCUGCGUGGGAGGCAGCUCAGGGGCAAGGAACGCGCCUCCCUCCAUAAAAAAUAUAUACUUACAUAUAUACAGCGUCUACUACAGAGACGAAAAGCGUGGAACUCGACGGCAAGGAGGAGCUCGCAGCCGAGGAGGGAGAGCGCCGACUCAAGAUGGCCGCCGCCUUGCUUCCCGGCCUCCUGCUGCUGGCGCUGAGCCGAGGCUUCCCUCUGGCCGCGGCCGAGAAAGAAGGCCUUCCUCUCGAUUUGCCUUCCAUCAAGUAUCUGAAGCCCAGCCAGAACUCUACCAAAGUCACCUUUCAUAUCUUCGCUAACCAAAUAGAUAACACUGUAACCUAUUCCCUUGAUGAAAAGUGGUAUGCAGUCGAACUUUCCAAGAACGAAAACCGAACCUUAGUUCUCCGUAUCCUACCUGAUGUCGACAGUAACUACACCUGCUGCACAGACGAGGAACUGAUAAAUUUCCAUGCGUCCUAUGAGGGUAAUGUCCAAUGGAGUGAAACGUGUCCUGAGGAUUUUACUGUGUACUGCCUGGGUACAGAGUCAGCUACAUCAGAUCAUCAGUUGACUCAACACCAAGACACCAAAGCUCCCUCAACCCAACAACCUCACUCGAAAGCUCCUUCAACUGAAAACCCAGACCGCAAAGCUCCUUCAACUGAAAACCCAGACCGGAAAACUCCUUCAACUCAACUCUCAGACUCUAAAUAUCCCUCGACCGAACACCUGGUCACCAAUGCUCCAUCGACCCAAAACCCAGACGUCAAAGCUCCCUCAAACUUUCCAGAUCCCGGACUCUCAUCAAGCACAGAAGCCCCUGCAGGUGUGAGCGUACUCCUAUUCGUCCUAGCCGUGGCUGGAAUACUGCUAGCACUUGAAGUCUAAGGAACACUUGCGAGCCCUGGACGUGUGUGAGCUAUUAGAGAGGGACUCGGAGAACGAGAGGUAACUUGAGGAAGAAGAACCAGUUUAUUUAUAUAAUAUAAAGAAUUAUAUAUGUAUGAUCUUUGUUAUAUAGAGUCUUAAGCCAAGGUACCACUUGAGUAGUUCUCUGUUGUGACUGGGAAAGUCUUAAGCCAGGGUAUCAUUAGUAGUUCUUUGUUGUGGCUGGGGAAAUCCUUUUAAGCUAAGAUACCGCUGUCAGUUCUCUGCUGUGAUUAGGGGUGUCUUACACCAGGGUGCCAGUAAUAAUUAUAUAUCUGCUGUAGUUGAGAGAGUUUUAACCCAGGGUGUUAGUAGCCUUACAUACAUUGGAGCCAGACACUUUUGGCCUAAGUGUACUACCUGGGGUGCUAAAAGACUAGACCCAUAGUAUUCUUUGCCAAUAUAUUACUAAUGUGAUUUGGAUUUUUAGUGAUUUUCUGAAAUCUUUAAAGAUAUUCCUAAGCUAUCUUAACAUAACUGAAGUGGGCUUAGACGUGCCUAGCAAUGAAAAUGUAACUGUGGUGAAACCAAAAGGAGAGACUUGACGCCACAGGAUAGCUUAGGGGUCUGGGGCUGAAAUUGAGCAGUUUAAUUAGACAGAGACGCGUGCGAACCAUUUGAAGGAGAGAAACUCAGCUGAAGAUAAGAUCCAUCCCCUGUAUAAGAGAAUAAUUCUCUAAUAGAUUAUAACGAAAAGGGCAUUUUUUUCUCCUUGAUUUUGACUGAAAGGUUACUCUCGUGAUUUUUGACUGAAGAAACAUUUUCUCCCUCUACUCUCCAGGAUAGAUUUAAAUCAUGAAUGAAUUAUAACCCUGUUUUUUUUAUCUGUCAUCUUUCUUUUAGUAUUCAAGAGUUUGUAUUCCUAUGAUUAUAAGGUUUGUUGUAUAUGUAUUUGCUUAUAGAUGCAUUCAUUUUAUGUGAUCACAUUUUCCUCCCGUAUAUGCCCGUGUGUUUGUGUGUGUAAGUGUGUUUGUGUGUGUGUGUGUGUGUUUGUUUCUGUGUGUGUGUUUGUGUGUGUGUGUGUAUGUAUGUGUGUAUGUGUGUGUGUGCAUGUAUAUGCAUGUACAUAUGUGUAAUAUGUGCACGAGUGAGUAUACGUCUCUGUUGGCUUACGGUAUCUACAAUAAAAGUAAUUAUUUAGUUUAUCUGUUCAUACUACCAAUUACGUUAAAGUGAUUUCAAGGAAUAUGAUAAUCCCCACAAGUUUUCUAUGUAACGGAUCAAUAAAGCUAUAA